GGCCACGCCUCUGGCUGCCCUACGCCCCUUGGCUACCAGCGUCGGCGCCGUCGCGAACGCAGACACACUCCUUUGCCCGGCGGGCCCCAGCACGCAGUCAAAAAGGCAGCCCCGCCCUCGCGUGCGGACCUGGUCCCACGGGAGCCAGCUAGCGCCGCCGUCGGACACGGGCUGCCCCGCGGGCCAUCUGGUGCCAUCGUGCGGACAGGGGCUGCCCAGUGCGCACGGGAGCCCUAGCGCAUACGACAGCCAUGCGCCGCGCCCUCGCCAUUCUAGCGCUCGCCCGGGCCUACGAGGUCUACGAAAACGAGUACGCGAACGACGUCCUGCCCGGCGGCCGCGGCGACGACGACCUGCCGAACCUGCCCUACGCCGUGGACGCGAACCGCUACAGCGACGGCGUCUCGUCCGUGUCGCCCUUGACCGACACGGCGCCGGCGUUCCCCCUGCACCGCGGCGCCGUCAGCGACGCGCCCGCGGGCCGGCGGCGCCUCGCGCUGGCCAAGGUCCAGUCCGAGAUCGAGCAGGGCGUCGCGGCGGCCGGAGACGGCGAAUACGUGCGCGAGAGACGAGUGGCCGAGACGCUCGAGCGCCUCGCCGCGAACCCCGGUGCCGCGCCGGCCACGAGCUUCUGGGUGAAUGCGUCCCUGCGGUGGAACCCGUCGGGCUUCGCGAUCCAGUCGAACGAGACGUAUAGGAUCGAGGUCCGGGGCCACCAGCGGUGGGUCGACGGCUUCGUCAAGAUCGACGCGGACGGCUACACGGCCUCGUACGACGCCGUCUCGAAGUGCUGGGUCGCGGCCGGAAGGUGUCGAGCCUACCUAGGCGCGAAGCGCAGACUGCUCGACGCGAACUGGUUCGAAUUGGUGUGCGGCGUGGGCGAGUACGUCUGGCGCCUGCAGGAGCAGAGUGACGGGCAGGGCAACGACACGGCCGCCUACAUGCCCCUGCGCGAGGCAGAAGUGACGGCGUCGCUGUUCCGAGUCGGCUCCCAUCUAGACUUUACCGCAACGCAUGACGGCGAGCUCGUUUGUUUUGCCAACGACGCUGAUUGGCUUUACUGGAAUAAUGAGGGCCAGCUCCGCGUCGACGUGACUCGGACGAGUUGGCCGCCCGUUGCCGCGUCCGACCUGCACGCCGCCGUGCUCUACCGCGGUGGCGUCUGGGAGGAAGAGGCAUCGCCGCCGACGCAGGAACCGACGACUGCCGCGCCGUCGACCGCGAGUCCUACCCCGAAUAUAUCCGCGCCGUAA